ACAGUAUUGUUCAGUACAAUAGUCAUUUAUUGUAAGAGCACAGUCUCUUGUAUCAUUUGACAUGCACUUCUUUGAGUUUUUCUGUUACAUUUUGAGUUUUUAUAUUAAUGUAAGGUCAUCUAACUCAAUUGAAGAAUAUCCAGUAUAUGACGCUGUUGACGAAUUUGCAACCAUCUUCUCUCGUAUUGAGUACAUCGAGCAAGAUAAAUUUGACCGAGGGAAAUUUGCUCUGCUUCAAUAUUUAAACCAUACCGCAGGAAAAAAGAUAACGGAUCUUCACUCACUUGUAGCUGAACUUACAAUAAGUUCCCAAGAUAAGGUAUGUGACAUAGAGAAAUUGCCUGGAGUGGCCCAGUUGGACGAGGGAGAAGUAACGUACCUGCCGUCUGUAUGUAUUGACAUCGGAUCGUGUAGUACGUCCUAUCAAUUGGCCACGCUAAAGAAUGCGUCCUGUUCCAAAAGCGAGAUGUGUUGCCGCAUUGAUAAGGUCAAGACUUUCAAGGAUCUGGGUAUGAAUUUCAAACCCUACCGAGAGCUACCCUCUGACUGGAAUUAUGAUCCAGAUUUAGCUAUCAUCGGACAGUAUCAACAGAUCAGCCCGGUCAUUGCUAUGAAAGCAGGGAAUGUAGAUAAAAUCAACAAGACUCUGAUGGAUAAGUUUCCUGUGUGCGGAAUAAAGCAUGUGGAUCCGGAACAGCAAAGUCAACGCAGAAUUAGAAUAUUCUUCUGCGUACGUGGAGAUCUCUGCUUAAAGAAAAAACUCUCAUAUGUAUCAGACACAAGCCAAAAAGCAAUGAACAAAUUUUGUCGAAAUGUUCCGGUGAAAAACUACUAUCCAUCAAAAUCCAAGAAACGAUUUUGCUGUGACAGUGAAUAUAUAAAUCAGAUCAAUAUAAAAGAUAAAUCCACUGGCAAAACUAUUCACCCUUUCAAGGAUGUUCCACAUGUUCCAUUUUACCUUAAGUAUGCACCAGGUUUUCGAGCAUCUUACAUGUGUGAAGCUUAUGCAAGAAUGUUGUGUGAAGACGAUAUUAAUGAGUGCCAAUACUCAUGUCCACUUGACCAUAGAUAUACAAAAAACAACAAAUUCAUGUACGACAAAUGGGUUGAUGGAAACCAAAAGUAUGGCGAAAUUCCUCAUCAGGCUCUGUUGGGUGUGUAUCAAGAAGGUUUGCUCCUUUCAUUUUACUGUGGAGGUACUCUGAUAAGCCGACGUUGGGUGCUCUCUUCCUUCAGAUGUACUAGUCGCUAUGGAAUAUAUGCCAAUUUAAUAUUGUUGGGAACAAAUGACAUGUUAGAGCCUUUUGAAGUCAACAAAGAAGAAAAAAUUUAUCUAAUAACAAAUACUUUAUAUUAUCCUUUCAACUCUUCAAGACCUGACAAAAGCCGCAGUACCCUCUACGACUAUAGUUUGUUUAAAACACAUGAAGAAGUAACGUUCUCAAAAUACAUCAAACCAGCCUGCUUAUACCACACAGAUCCGCCUGUCAACUGGAGAGAAUUGUUUUUUACAGGAUAUGGCGGUGCUUAUAAUUUUAUAAAGAGAAUUAAAUUUCCUGAUUUAUUUUCUAAAGAAAUAAAUGUACAAGGUUACAAUUUAUGGUGUCGCCCGCACACUUUGUACGAUAAAGAAGACCAUUACUAUAGUAGAUAUGGAGGUGGCUUGCCAAACAUUUUGUGUGGCAGAACUGUAGGAUGGCCAAGUAUCAUUAAUAAAACCAUAGAAGUAAAGUUUGCAUCACCAUGUAAGUACGAUGAAGGAGGGCCCCUACAGUUUAGGUUACCUCUGCCCUAUUGUAUGUACCAGGUAUAUGCCGUUCUAUCUUCGCAAAGAGAAUUUUGCCAUAAUGCUUCAUCAAUGAGUGCCUUCCAGACAGUAAAAUUUGUAUUGUCCAACAUUGAAGAUGUGGUUUGGAGCCAUCCAUUCCUUGAAGAUUUUCCAACGCCAUUGUUAAACCCAAACAAUUUUAAAUAUGAUCCGAUUUGGUAUGACGGAUGUGGACCUCCUAAAUGUCCGCUUAUCCAAAUACCAACAAGAUUUGUUUAUGGAGAGCCAGAAAUAGCAUUUUUAAGGAAUUACGAUAUCCAAACAGUAGACAAACUGGACAAAGGUAUACUACCAAACGUUUUUAAUGAGUUGGAAAUAUUACAAUCAAAUGAAACUUUGUGUGAUGUUGACCGGCCCUUGAUGCUAGAUUCAUUAGUCUCAAAAGAAGCUAUGUACAAGUAUAUUCCAGCCACAUGUGUAGAUCAUGACAAAUGUUCGAGUGAAUUUGGCGGGAAGUUCUCCGUUGAAGCUUGUAAGGAUAUAAGCAGUGUCUGUUGCUCUGUUGGGAGCCGGACUAAUAUUACCAGAUCAUUAAGGUACAACUACAGCCUCAUAGCACACGACGAACUUUUUGGGUAUAAAAUCAACAAGGAGAUAGUUUUUACUGGUCGUUAUCAAGAUGAUAUACCUGAUGCAGAAUACACACUUUUGAAAGAUGAGACAAACCGAAAAGCGAUAGAGAAAGAAUUUGUUUGCGGUAUAAAAAAGUACAUCUAUCCCAAGGAUAAAAUUCUUUACUCACCUUUCUUCUGUACCAAACUAAGCAACUGUAGGAAAUCAUCAGUCCCAAAAGAACAAGACAAACGAGUUCCUAGGAAAUCGUGGACUGAUAUUUGCAUCACAGGAAGUGAGGCAGUUAAAGCUCUAGAAGAUAAGACCGUGUGUUGUCAUCCCUUGGAUUUUGUUUCAAGCAAUUUCUCAAAAAAUAUUCCCUGGGAGUUUAAAGAACUGCCAUUAUACUUGAAGUAUGUUCCAGGGCUCAGGUCUGCUUACAAAUGUGAAGAAUACUACAGAUAUGUUUGUGAGAAUGAAAAGAACCAGUGUGUCCAUUACAAUGAUAAGGAUUUUGCUUCACCAGGUGAAAUCCCACAAAUGGCACAAAUAGGCUUUAUUGUACCAAAAAUGAUGUUUUACUACUGCGGAGGGGCCAUUAUAAGCUCCCGCUACAUCAUAUCCAGUGCAACAUGUGGCUUCAGACAAGGGAUAGUUGCCAAUGUGGUAUUGGUGGGUAACUACAACCAGACGGAGCUUCACGAUUAUACUGGGUGGGAGAAAGUGUAUCCACUGAGAGAAGUGCUCCAUUACCCUUUCAAGAGAAAACCGAAUUUCGAUGCUUAUGGAGCUCUAAAGCCUGUUCCUCCCCGUGGAGUUAUUGAUAAUGAUAUCAUUGAAUUUGUAUCCAAAAGUAAUAUCUUGAAGGAAUUUGUUGAUAUCGCUCUCUUCAGAACUAUCGAGGAUAUCGACUUCUCUCCACGAAUCAGACCUAUUUGUCUCUACUACAAUCCAGUAAACUACAUUCGCCGUGCUGUGUUCACAGGAUUCGGCUACCUACCCGAAGUUGAUACCAGAAGUGAACUAAUGAAGACGCAUCCUAUGGAUUUUAGACAGGACGACAAAGCAAGAAGAUGGGAAGAUUGUGGUAAUCCUGGAUUGUACAACAAUAAGACAUAUCCAUACUAUGCCCAAGCUGGAGUAAAAUCACUGUACCUGUUCUGUGCCAUAAGUGCGGGUUUUCGUCAUGGACCAUGCAAAUAUGACAAUGGAGGACCUUUACAGAUAGAAUUAAAAAUUCCAUUCUGUUCGUCGCAACUUAUCGGUGUGCUCUCAGCUGGUCGAAUCACGUGUAAUGAAGUCUCUCCUUUGGUGUUUGUAAAUGUUACAAAGUUUCUGGCAGAAAUUGAGGAAGUUGUGUGGCCUUUGCCGUUCUUGGAUAUAAUUUAUGAUUCACCUCCGUUAUGUCUAACAAGAAAAAAAGAACUGGAUAAUAUUUAUUAUUCUGUACUUAAUGUUAAUUCUUAAUAUGUUUGAUUUAUCGCUUGUGUUAUAUCUAUUUAUUAAUAUUGUAGAAUAAACAUUACUAAAAUCA